AUGGAAAAUUCAUCAUUAUCUUUGAACAAUAUUUCUUCUCGUAAUUGGUGUCUACCAUGGACUGAACCAGUAUAUUUAUAUGGACAUUUAAUUCCAGCUAUUGCUUUAUUUAUUUUUGGUUUUACUUUUAAUCCAAUAGCACUGUAUUAUUUUGCAACAUCACGUAAUUUCCGUGGUACAGCUUAUGCCUAUUAUUUUUCAGCCAUUGCUACUGUUGACUUAGUUCGUUUGAUACUAUGGUGUCUUUUUUUACUACUUGAUUAUAAAAUAUUUAAAUUAAACUUUCAUUCAUCUGAAUGUUCAGUGCAAAUUUUUUCGGAAUCAGUUACAAGUUCAAUUAGUGCUUGGUUGACAGUUUCAUUAGCUGUUGAACGUUGUGUAGCUGUAUCAGAACCACUUCAAACAUACACCGAUAAAAAAGGCAAACGUGCUCGUACUGUUAUACCUUGUGUUAUUUUGGCAUCAUGUGCAAUUAAUUCACUUUUUCUACGGUCAGGAUUCUAUGAAAAAAGGUCAGAAUUAAGCACAUUUCGUGAUCUUUUCUGUUAG